AUGAAGGAACCUUUGAUGGAAAUGAUCAGGGCUAAUGCCGACCUCUUUUCCUGGACGCCUGCCGAUAUGCCCGGGAUAGACCCCCAGCUCGUAUCGCAUCAUCUGGCUGUCAAGGCGGGAACCAAGCCAGUGGCCCAGAGGAGGAGAAAGAUGUCGCAGGAAAGGGCAGAAGAGGUAGCCAGGCAGACGGCCAGCCUCCUCGAAGCAGGGUUCAUCCGGGAAAUGGACUACUCGACUUGGUUGUCGAACGUGGUCCUGGUUAAAAAACAGAAUGGGAGAUGGAGAAUGUGCGUAGACUACUCUGACCUCAACAAGGCGUGCCCCAAGGACUGCUACCCCUUGCCUAACAUUGACGCACUCGUCGACGCAGCGGCGGGGUACCGGCUAAUGAAUAAGAUAUUCAGUGAACUCAUAGGAAAAACAGUAGAAGUCUACGUGGAUGACAUACUCGCGAAGACCGCGCGACCCGACGACCCCCUGAGCGACCUUGAUGGUGUUUUUUCGUCACUAAGGCAGCACGGCAUGAGGCUUAAUCCGCUCAAAUGCGCGUUUGCCAUGGAGGCCGGGAAGUUCCUGGGAUUCAUGAUCACUCAAAGAGGAGUGGAAGCCAACCCCGAGAAGUGCCAAGCAGUUAUCCAGAUGAAGAGCCCGGGUUGUAUCAAGGACGUCCAACGACUUGCCGGGAGGCUAACGGCUUUAUCCCGAUUCCUCGGGGCGUCGGCAGCAAGAGCCCUACCUUUCUUCAAUCUAAUGAGAAAGGGAAUGACGUUUGAAUGGACCCCAGCGUGCGAAGAAGCAUUCAACCACUUCAAGGAGAUCUUAGUGGCACCACCAGUUCUCGGGAAACCCCGGGCCGGAGAACCACUCUAUCUCUACCUAUCAGUAACUGAGGAAGCGCUUGCCGCAGUGCUCGUUAGGGAAGAGGGGAAGACCCAACAACCCGUUUACUUCGUGAGCAGGGUCCUCCAAGGACCAGAGCUGAGGUACAGCAAGCUGGAAAAACUGGCGCUGGGCCUCCUAAUCUCCUCCCGAAGGCUAAGACAAUACUUCCAGAGCCAUCGUAUAGUCGUGAGGACGGAUCAGGCAAUUCGCCAAGUACUGCAAAAACCUGACUUGGCUGGUAGGAUGAUGACUUGGGCCAUCGAGCUCUCCCAAUAUGACCUACAGUAUGAACCCCGACACGCAAUCAAAGCCCAGGCAAUGGCAGACUUUCUGGUUGAGGUGACGGGAGACCCUCCAGAGGAAACGGGCACACGAUGGAGGCUCCACGUCGACGGGGCCUCCAACCAAAUGUCUGGGGGAGCAGGGGUAAUCUUAGAAAGCCCAGCAGGGGUCAUCUAUGAGCAAUCGACUAGGUUCGAGUUCCCAGUGUCGAACAACCAAGCAGAAUAUGAGGCUCUCUUGGGCGGACUAAUACUAGCUCGGGAAGUCGGGGCGACAAAGGUCGAAGUAUGCAGCGACUCACAAGUUGUCACCUCGCAGGUAAACGGAAGCUACCAGGCCCGGGACCCCCUCCUACAAAGAUACUUGGAAAAGGUUAAAGAAAUAACAAGUCAGUUCCAAGAAGUCACCGUCCAACACGUCCCAAGAGAAAGGAACACACGUGCGGACCUCCUGUCCAAGCUGGCGAGCACAAAACCAGGGUCGGGUAACCGGUCCCUCAUCCAAGGCUUGGUGAAGGAACCAACGAUCGCCCUCCAUUUGAUGAAGUCAAGCCCCUCAUGGCUAGACCCCAUCACCAACUUCCUGGAACUCGGCAAGUUGCCUGAAGAUGAGAAAGCGGCCAAAGUGAUAACCCGUUUCGGUAUCCCGGAGGUCGUUAUCUCAGAUAAUGGGACCCAAUUCACAGACAAGAAGUUCAUGGAGUUCCUCUCAGGCCUAGGGAUAAAACAGAGGUUCUCCUCAGUAGAACAUCCCCAAACAAACGGGCAGGUAGAAGCUGCAAACAAAGUCAUCCUUCUUGGUCUAAAGAAGUGCCUAGACAAUAAGAAAGGAACAUGGGCUGACGAACUCGCCUCCGUCCUAUGUGAUACCCGUCGAAAUCGGCGAACCGAGCCCCCGACUACUACUCGCGGGCAUGAGCGAAGCGGUCGAAAGGACCUGGUCGAGGAAACAAGGGAGAUGGCUCACUUAUCAGAAACAGCGUUGAAACAAAGAAUUGCCCUGCGCUACAACGCUAAAGUCCUCAAACGAGAUUUCGAGGAAAGGGACCUCGUCCUGCGACGCAACGACGUCGGCGUACCGACCCCAGGGGAAGGCAAGCUGGCGGUGAACUGGGAAGGUCCCUACAGGGUAAGGGAGGUACUCAGCAAAGGUGCUUACAAGCUCGAAAGACUCGAUGGCAAGGAAGUACCCAGAACAUGGAAUGCGAGUAGCCUAAGAAGGUUCUACUCAUGA